AUGCGACGGCUUAGUGAGAAGAGGCCAAGACGACAAGUUGAAAGAGAGCUUGUAUCACUUGGCGCUACAAUCAGACCUCGCGACAAGCCAAGGGCCACAAGGAGAAAAUCAAAAAAAGCAAAAGAUGUCAUCAGCGACAAUGACGAAGAAAAUGAAGCUGGAAGUCAUCAUAGCGAGAACAGUGAUGCUGAGCUUGAACUCGAUGAACCCUCCGUGAGAGUGACGGACGAUGUGGACAAGGAGAACACAAAUCCAUCUGUGAUGUUUGGAGAAUCUCCCAAAGCUGCGGAUGAAGAACGAAUGAUAACAACGCCUAUCACAGAUGAGAAACUGAACGAAGAACCUGCAAUAGACGUGAUGGUAAAGAGUUCUCACAAAAGGAAGCGAGUAGUAGCCAGUUCAGAUGAAGAAGACGACACUCCUUUAGAGGAGAGUAAAGAGAAAACACCAGAGCCAGAAGAAUCGUCUAAGUCACCACUAUCGCUAAAGAAGAAGAAACAUCGUGUCAUCGUUAGUGACUCGGAUGAUGAAUGA